AUGUCUUGUGUUGUGGACAACAUGUGCAAAAUCAUCUCGUCAUUAGAAUUAUCAUCAUCGGAUGAAGAAGAAGCUGAACCUAAAAAAUUAUCCAUUUAUUUAAAUCCAACGGUCAGCAACAACAACAGUCAAAAAACAAUUCAGUCAAUCAAAAUCCUCGUGAGCGUCCGUCUUCAUGAAGCCAUCACACCCAACCCACCGGCCAUUGGGACUGUGUUCAUGCUCCGUUUGGUUGGUAACAGGGGCUACUCUUUAGGUGUUUAUGAGGAAGAUGAAGGAUCAAUGGAAAUAGUUACACAAGAUCCGUUUCACUUGAAAUUGGUGGGCUUGAAACCUAAAUAAAGACUUGUUAAUGGGAGUUUCAUCUGUUAAUUGGGUGGAAUCGUGAGUACUUGAACAAAACCAUAAGCCACUUACAUCGUAGUAGAGCAGAUCAAUUGAACAAUGUAUAGAUAAGUCUUUUGGUCCCUAAAAUUUAUAAUUUGUUUGGUUUUUGGUUUCACAAACAAACAACUAACUUUGGAUUUUGCACAUCAUUUAUUUGAUUAAAUGCUUGAACUAAAAUAUAUAAACGAAUAGAAUCA